AUGAUUCGUUUACAAUUGUCUGGGAUGUUUGCAACAGUUAGAACAAGAAAGUACAAAAGCAACAGGUUGCUUAGCAGAAGGCAGAUGGUGGUUGAUGUACUUCACCCUGGCAGGGCUACUCUUCCUAAGACUAAAAUCAGGGAAAAACUCGCCGUUGUACAGACACAUUUUAGAGGCGGUAAAACUACUGGAUUCGCUUUAAUUUAUGACAGCUUGGACAAGGCUAAAGC